UCAAUGAGGUUCGCUCAUCCUGUCCGUUCAUUAAUUUGAGGUAAUCUCAACCGUUGAUUUAGAUUCGCUCGCUAAUCUUGACCGGUUAAACUGAACCAAUGGUUAACCAAACUCAACCGAUCGUUAACCGAGACCGGAUUAAAAUGAUAGCAAUGUCGAAAAUAGUUAAAUCAUCAGAUAGCAUCUCCCAAGCUUGUCUUUUUGAUAUUUUCUAAAGUUAGGUCUGUUUCUUGCUUCUGUUCCACGUCUUCAUCGUUGUCCUUUUGAAACAUCAGGUGUUGACUAAAAUCUUUUUAAAGAUGCCAGUUAAUGAUGUUAUCUUUUUGUAUUUUCUGAAUCUAAAACGGUCUUGUCUUUUUUGUCUUCAUCAUUGUUAAUACACACUACAGAUUGAAAAGUUUGUCGGAACUUCCAUUUUGAAACCAUGGAAACGUCACAAGAGCUGAACUUUAUCAAUCCCUUAGCCUCUAAACACGAAGCAGAAGAUCCAAUCCUACGGCUAUCGUCUUCUUCCUCUUCCUCUUCCUCUUCUUGUUCUUCCAUAGAAACAGAACCAAGACUUGAUAAUCAAUCUCCUCCAACACAAAUCAUGGAGAGAUGUACAAACAACGCAACCUCAACACCUCCUUACAGAAUCCCUCCACACGUUUUCGAAAUAACAACCUCUACAGCUCCAGCUGAAUGGAGCACUCUCUCCAACGAAUCUCUCUUCAGCAUCCACAUGGGAGACAAUACCUUCACUGAAGAAAUAGAUUACUUCAAAUCAGGCGAGCUCACCUUUCCUCAACCUACUUCACCGAAAACUCCUACUUUACCUUCUCCUCCUCAAAGCAAAAACCAAGGAGGAGCAAGUGGAGUUGUGGAGGAGGUCAAAACUCUGGUGGAUAUAGGCAAGAAAGCAGACAAAGCUUACCACGCAAGUAAAGACCAAGAACAAAAGGCUGCAUCAAGUAUUAGAGAUGUUCUCAUGGCUAAUAAAGACAACAACAACAAAACCAAUAAACUAGAUCAUUCGGUUUCUCGUCGGUCGGAAGAUUUUAGCGUCAAGUCUUUCGCUUUUCCAGUGUAUGCAACAAAAACAAGAAACACUUUGUGAUCAUCUGUGUUUUGUCUUCAUGUCUUAACACAGGUUCUUUGUUGUUGUUUAUUGUGAAGAUUCGGGAAUGAAGAUAAGGGUGGAUUACAAAGCUCAACGCCACAAAAGAAACAGAAGAUUUCGUUAGAGGCUGAGGGAGACGAAGGGUUUAAGAAAGAGGAAGCUCCUAAACCUGUUACUACUCCUAAAGCAGAGGCUGAUCGUGGCUGUAAUCGCUACCCUAGAUGGUUAUCUUGCUUCCCUUGCUGCACAACUUCAUGUGUCUAACUGAAAGAUCAUCAUACAAGUCUGUUCCAAGAUUUACAAAGUUUUUUCUUCUCUUUGAUUUGAUCCUCAAGACUCCUUUAAUCUUGUAAAAAUGAUGUAAAAGUCAAUGACAAACAAUGGAUACACUGUGGUGCUUCAAGAGGGAGGAUCAAUGAAGCAAUUUGAGCCAGGAGCUGUCGUUGAGGCUUGAAAGUUAUGGAGGCUACCAGUGAAAGCAGUGAAGGUUCCAUCAACUUCAAUCUCAUUGAUCUUGUAUGAGU